AUGUCUCCAGAAAGGAUUCCUUCCGAGACCUCCCCGUUGCUGAAUCCCCAAAGCAAUGUCUCUACCACGGGGGCUAUUCCCAACAUUGGCCGUCAGGAUGUUGAGUCCGGCGAGACUCUUCCGCCCCAGGAGGACCAGGCCAAGGAUGCUUCCGAGGCGGGGAAGGGCCUAAGGUAUAUCAUUCCGGCUAUCUCUUUGGGAGUAUUCCUCUCCGCAGCCGACCAAACCAUCAUUAUGGCCAGUUAUGGGCAGAUUGGCAGUGACUUGGAGGCCCUCAACCUGACCAGUUGGAUCGCCACCUCCUACUUUCUGACUUUGACCUCGUUCCAGCCGCUCUACGGCAAAUUAAGCGAUAUCUUUGGUCGCAAAGCAUGUCUUUUGUUCGCAUAUGCCGUCUUCGGCAUCGGUUGCUUGUUCUGCGGUCUUGCGCAGAACAUCGAUCAGCUCAUCGCUGCACGCGUUUUCCAAGGUAUUGGUGGUGGCGGUAUGACCACCGUCGUGAGUAUCCUGAUGAGUGACAUUGUUCCUCUCCGGGACCGGGGUGUUUGGCAGGGCGUGAUCAAUAUCAUCUAUGCGACGGGCUCCGGCAUAGGUGCCCCUCUAGGUGGUAUCUUAUCCGACUUUAUCGGCUGGCGAUGGGCCUUCAUCGCUCAAGUCCCCCUGUGCAUUCUCGCCUUCAUUGCCGUGACUGUCAUGCUCGACCUCCCCGCCCAGGAAGACAGCCACUGGAAGACGAAACUGCGCCGCAUCGACUUUCCCGGCGCCAUCGUCCUUGUCGGCGCAGUCUUUGGCUUCCUCCUCGGUCUGGACCGUGGCAGCAACGUCUCCUGGACAAUGCCGAUUACCAUCAUUUCUCUGAGCGUCUCCACAGCUCUCUUCGCUCUCUUCAUUGUUAUAGAGGUCUUCUACGCCGCUGAACCAUUCGCCCCCGGCCACAUCAUUUUCAACCGGACCUUCUUCGCCGCAUACGCUUGUAACUUCUUCAGUUUUGGCGGCUGGCUCGCCGCCCUAUUCUACAUCCCUCUCUUCUUCCAAGCCGUCGACGGCGUCUCCGCCACCGUUGCCGGACUUCGACUUCUCCCUAGCAUCAUCUCCGGCGUCAGUGGCUCCCUCUUCGCCGGCUACAUCAUGAAAUGGACGGGCAAAUUCUACUGGCUCACCAUUGCCGCCUACACAGGCCUCACUAUAGGCCUUACCACCAUCUUCAUGGCCUCUGGUGCGGUCACCGAGAACACCACCGUCCUAGUACUAGGCAUGGUCGCUUGCGCCUUUGGAAACGGCAUCGGUGUAACUUCUACCUUAAUCAGUCUCAUCUCCAACUCCACACCCGAAGAUCAAGCCGUCGUGACAGCCUGCUCCUACCUCUUCCGCUCCCUCGGCUCCGUCAUCGGCCUCUCCCUCUCCUCCACAGUCGUUCAGCAACUCCUCCGCGAACGCCUGCACUUUGCCCUCCGCGACAGCAAAGACAUUGAUAAGAUCGUCGACGGCGUCCGUCAAAGUCUCGACUUCAUUAAGACGCUGGAUCCGACUACCGGGAAGAUCGUUCGUAGCUGUUAUGGCUGGGCCACGAAUAAGGGCUUCGCAUUCUUGGUUGCGGUUGUGUUUUGUGCGUUGAUUAGCAGUUUCUUUAUCAGAGAGAAGAAGUUGUCGCGGUAG